CGUAAAUCACGUUGGAUGGAAGCAGCACAAGGUGUCUCUUAAUAAUCAGUUCCGAAGCACUGAGAAACCAUCCAUUCUGAAUUCCACCAUGAGACCGCAGUUAAUUUUGGUGCUAGCAUUUUUCGCAGUCGUUUCUGCCGUAGACCUAGACAGAGUCACAUCGUGUUUGGUUAGAGAAUACAAUUUUCUUGCACAGAAACCUUACCUUACACCUAGUGGAGAGAUUUUAGAGUGUUCGGGCUACAUUACAGUCAAUUCAUGCUGGGGACGGUGUGACUCUAGCGAGAUAGCAGAUUACAAAAUACCAUUCAAGAUUAGCAACCACCCCGUGUGUACGUACGCUCGAGUCCAGAAGCGACGCGUGCGCAUUCCAAACUGUCACCCCAAACAUCCGGACCCAUAUUAUGUCGUGUACGACGCCUUGGUGUGUUCGUGUCGCUAUUGCAAUUCUAAGUAUACUAGUUGUGAAACUCUCGCUGGAUAAUCUUAUCGACGCUUCAAAAUUUCAUCAGAAUCGCUUGUCCAAACAAGGAUUAAGGAACACCCUAUUGACUCAUUUUCAGUGAUAACAUGUCGCUUGAUCCGACAAAGCGUCAUCAGGAGUGUACAGAAAUGCUUGUCCGUCCAAACAUUUUCAUUUAGUCCUAUCGUGGGAAAAACUUGUAUACGACUAGAUGCGAAAAGAUAUUCUUCGCAGAUAAAAAAAAAAAGCUGUGCAAUUUAUUUAUUGACUUUUUUUAUGUGUAUUUAAAAACAGUUUAAUCUGAUAUUUGAUUUGGGAAAAUAAGGCAUCCAUGGUAGAUUAAAAUCAGUGUAAUUCAUUUAUGGACUUGAAACAUGUUUGAAAACUUUGUUAUUUGAAUCGAUUAUCAUGAUGAAUAAAUAUUGAGUUCUGA